AUGACUUCAUCCGAACCACCAGUUCUACAAUCGAUCAAUGAGACUCUUAGUAGCAUUCCACCAAGAGAACUGCCAUUCACAGAGAAUGAGAUAAGAAUAAGUCUACAGCUUAACCCCGAUCAGUUUAAUGUACAGACUACAAUCAACAUGCACGCAUUUAGGGCACUGACGAACCAACACCCCAAUCGACCCUUCAUAGAGUAUUUGAUAAAGAGCAUUACAAAGGGUUUCAGAUUUAAUUUUACAGGGCCACGGACAAAGUUAGUCCAACCAAACCUCAAAUCUAUCGACCUUGAACCUACGGCUCUUGAGAAAUACAUACAAGAAGAGAUAAGUAAAGGCCACAUAUGCAGCCCCUUUACUGAAGAACUACCACCAUGUGAUUUAUACCAGAUUAACCCAUGUGGUCUAGUCGAAAAAAAGGGGACAAACACCAAAGUAUACAGGGUUAUAUCCCACCUGUCUGCUCCCUUCGGAUCAAGCAUAAAUGAUGGAAUUGAUAGUUUAGAAUUUGCAACAAAGUACGAGAAUGUGAACCACGCAAUAAGGUGGAUCAAUCUAUACGGCAGAGGAUGUACUUUGUCAAAAAUAGACAUAAAAGAUGCUUACCGAAUAUUACCUGUACACCCUGUCGAUCAAGUCCUACAAGGUAUGGAGUACAAAGAGAAAUUAUACUUUGACAAAGCACUAGCCUUCGGAAACAAAGCGUCAGACGAUUUUUUGAUUAUUUCAAAAUCCGAUGGUAAGAAAGAACUCCAACAGUUUCUUCAGAUAUUAAACAUAAUCAAUGUACCAUUUAAAGAGUCGAAACUAGAAGACUUCGAGGAAAUGGGGUUACAAAAAAGAGCUCCAAUCACUGGUAGGCUUGCUAAUGUGGUUAUGCCAAGUGUUACCCCAAGCAAAUAUCCUGAAACUCGACCCCCAAAGACAAAAAACAUACGAAUCGAUCGUAAGAAGGUACCAAACACUAGCCAGAACAAACCAAUGGUUCAACAAAGAUGGCAAAGUAUGGCCCAUACCAAAAGAUGUGCUAAUAAAAUUCAUCAAGAUGUUAUACAAUCGCAAGAUCCUUUGGUAAAGCAGAUACUUAAAACCAUAGAAGCGAACCACCGGCACACCCCAGUACGACAGAAGAUGCAUAUCACCAGGGCCCACCUGCGCCACAUAAAACGUAGCUUAGACUUGAAAAAUCCAGAUGACUUACUGUUCUGGACAGUGGCAUUGGCGGCAUUCUACGGCUUGGCACGCCUUGGAGAACUUAUCCCCAAUGACAAAACAGAUAAAACCAAAAUACCUAGCAUAAGGGCACUAAGAUUCGAAAAAAUCGGAGCCAAAACAUUUGCGACGAUCCAACUUACCAGAACAAAAAACCACAAAUCGGCUAACAGGGUAUCUCUAAUUAUUAACCCAACAGCAGACGACCUAUGUCCGAUUCAAGCACUUAAAGCAUACACUAUCCGACAUACAUGUGGGUCAUACGCACCAAGAAACGAAUCACUAUUCAUCAGACACAACGGAUCGUGGUCCACCAAAAGAUGGUUCUGCAAAAAACUAAAAGCAAUACUACCACAUUCCAAUGUCACGGGACACAGCUUUAGGGCAGGUGGGACGACUGAACUAGUGAUCCGUGGA